CCGUUUCCGUUUGUCUUUAUUUUAUCAUUUUCGCUUCCCUUCUUUGUCGAACUGAGAGAUCGAGAAGAGAGAGAAAGAUAAGAGAUAGAGAGAGACAGACAGAGGUGUUGUAGUCGAGGGUGGUGGUGGUUGUUGUGAAGCGCUAUUUCGAUUUUCAGUGUUUGUUGGGAAAGAGAAAGCAAGAAAGAUAGGAGUGAACCUAACGGAGCAAGAAAACUAGGGUUUUUUUUUUUCUCUUUUCUUUUCUUUUUAAAGCUAUUGAGGUUCGAUUCGAUCGGUUGAGGGACAGAUAAGGGAUCGCUUGUUGACGGGGACUUUUUUUUUUUCCUUCGGUUGAGUAUAGAUCCGGUGCAAUCUGGCGACGAAUAUGCUCGGUUUCCGCUUCGAUCUAUCUUUAGUGAAUCAGAAUUCGAUCUCUUGUCGAAGUUUUAGGCUUCAUUCGUUGAUUCCGUUGUGAUUUGGCUUCGGUGUUGUGGGUUUCUGACGUUUUUGACGCAGAAAAGAAGCUUUCUUCGAGGGGAAGAAAAAUUGGUUCCUGGGAAUUGGAUACUUUUUGGUUUUGGGAUAAUCGGAAUUUGAUCGUCGUCGGUGGAUUGGGUCGGAGGCAUGUAUAUUGAGGAAUUGAAGGAAGGGGAGGUGGAAAGUGGGGAGGAAGGGUUGGUUGCUGAUGUUCCCCAUAGUGAAAUUGCUGUUUCGGAGGCAAAAAGGGCGUUGAUUGGUGUUGGAGCUCGUUUUCUUUUCUACCCAACUCUGUUUUAUAACGUUGUCCGGAACAAGAUUCAGUCGGAGUUCCGUUGGUGGGAUGGGGUUGAUGAGUUUAUUUUGCUAGGUGCUGUUCCAUUUCCUACUGAUGUUCCCCGCCUGAAACAACUUGGUGUUUGUGGAGUGAUCACGCUGAAUGAGCCAUAUGAGACAUUGGUACCCACUUCACUGUAUCAUGCUUAUGGCAUUGAACAUUUGGUAAUUCCUACAAGAGAUUACCUUUUUGCUCCGUCAUUUGGAGAUAUAUGCAAGGCUGUAGACUUCAUACACAAAAAUGCUUCUUGUGGGACAACGACAUAUGUUCACUGUAAAGCAGGCCGUGGACGUAGUACAACCAUUGUUCUUUGUUACCUGGUGCAGCACAAACGGAUGACACCUGAUGCUGCGUACAAGUAUGUGAGAUCUAUUAGACCAAGGGUGCUCUUGGCACCUUCACAGUGGCAGGCUGUUCAAGAGUUCUACCGUCUCAGGGUGGAGAAAACCUUUGGUGGUCCUCUCACCUUGUUCAAUCCAAUGAUAAAAGCAUUAGCUUCCCCAGCCUUGACCAAGGACCUAGAAGCCUUUGAUGAAGGCUCUGUAGUGGUCAUAACAGAAGCUGACCUUGAUGGAUAUGAUGAGAGCCGUGAUUCUAGUAUUGUUGGCAAUGAAGUGUGGGCAGAGCUGAACCUAGUCUAUAGGGUUCAGUUUGCUGGUCAGGCAGCCCUGGCAAGGCUUUCAUGUCUUUGGCUUCGCUGCCAUGCACGACAGAAAUUGGCGGGUGAGAAGCUCAGCAGGGAGAGCAGCAGCUGCUCCAUGGUAGCCGAUAAAUUGCAAGGACUGGGCGUCGACAUCCGCGUCUAUUGAGAAGUGCUGUUGAAAGUGUAAAGCGAUUUUAUGAAAGUUCUUUUUUUCUUCUUCUUGAGGUUGCUGUUUUAUUAGACGGGCAAAUAAUAAAGUCAUUUCCGUAUUUGCUGUUAAUCCGAGACAUGGAAUCAAAGUCAGCUAUAGAUUGGCCGAAAGUUGUGGAGUCGCUUUUCUGCGACCCAUCCCCAUGUUUGAGUUAUAGUGAGUUGUACGUGUACAUAUUUCAUAAAUGAUUCUUCUCUUUCUCAAA